CCGCGAAGUCAGAGCCCCAUCCCUGGUUCGAGCCCCAGAGCAGAGCAGCCUCCCCGAUCUCCACCCCUCUGUGAUAGCCCGCAUGAAGCAGAUGGCGCGCAAGUCGAUGGGCGGCAAGGCGCCGCGGAAGCAGCUGGCAACGAAGGGGGCGCGCAAGUCGGAGACGAGGACGUGCGGCGUGAAGAAGGCGCACCAGCUCCGCCCGGGCACCGCCGCGCUGUGCGAGAUCCGUCAGUACAAGAAGAGCACGGAGCUGCUAAUCCGCAAGCUCUUGUUCCAGCACCUCGUCGGCCACGACGCCACAUGGUUCCUGCUCGACAUCGCCUUCUACAGCCACAACAGGUUCCAGGAGGACUCCACCAGUAUCAGCGGGAUCCCCAUGUCCAACACCAGGAGCGCAGAGGAGGAGGAGGUUCUCGCCACCUCGCCCAACAGGUGUUUGACGAAUUGCUUCAAACUCAUACAAAGUUGUUUUAGCUGGGAUGCAGUGCCAUAUCGACAGCCUUGGCCACCACCUCAUAUGCAGGUUGAGUUUGGGUGUGGAAGUGCUGAUUUAUGUCCAAUUCCAUGGCUGUUUUUCACCACAAUUGGUACCAAUGAGGAGAUAAUUGACAUCACAUCUGAUGAUGACAAGGUUGAUAAUGUGGUUGAUCAGCUGAUUGAUGAACAGAUCGCAGCAGUAGUCUUUGUGCCAGCGUGUAUGGAAGCUACGCCUAAUAAUGGGAUAAAUACAAGCAAAACCAUGGAGACCUUUGCUGCUCAUCAGUCUCCUGAGUAUGAUAGUGGAUUGAAAGAUAAGGAUCAGAGAAUAUCAUUUGAAGAUGAGAUAUCUGAGGGUGGGCAAGCUGAACAAAGUACUCCACAACAGGAAUUGUGUGCUAUGCCACCAGAUACUAGUGACCGUGAAACUGUUGAGAGGACAACCAGAAGUAUUGAGGUGGAGCAUUUCUCUCAGGUUGAGUCAAAGCAUAAAAUGAACUCUAUGUCCGUGGAAGCUUCUGAGCAUGUCACUAUCACUCAGAUUGAGAAGAAGCAGGUUCAACAAGUUGAGAUAACUCAGGAGUUAGAUUCACUGCCGAUAUGUUCUAGGGAGCAUUCUGAUGAGGCACUUGAAGGGGAGAGAACAGUGCAGGCUGGGUUGGAACAAGAGUGUGAGGUGCUGGGGAUAUUGUCAACGAUCACCUCGGAUAUUUUUGCAAUAGGGCUCAGUCCAAAUCAGUAUACCGUGUAUUUUUAUCAGAAUUUGAUGGCCUGCAUGAUGUUGAUCCGUCGCAGAUUCUUGCUGUCAUUUGGACGUAGUUGGGAUGCGGUGACGUACAAGCAACCAUGGCCACCACCCGUGCAUGUUGUGAUACUAGGAGAUGGCUUGUCCGUCAGGCUUACACCUUGGCAACCAUUUGAUACUGAUAUCUACAGCUUUCCUGUGAACAGACCAGAAUCAUCUGCAAGUGUCUUUGGUAUUGCAACAGAAUCAACGCAGUGUGCCUAUGAUUCCCAAGGAAACAGUGUCUCGACAAUCCUCUUGAUGAUGCAAAGAUGCCUUUAUGAACAGAUGAUGCAAUACAAAUCUGAAGAGGGCUGUACUCGGGUAGUGAAAUGCCUCCCACCGGCUGACGCAAGUUUACUUGUCUGGGCUGUUAAUCAGAUGACAGAUCCAUUGAUUGCAUUGAUGUAUGCGGUCCAAGUGAUGAUUUUUCUCAAGGACAAAGAUGAGUCACCUCGAGAGGAUGUUUUGCUGCUCCAGAAGGACCCAUUUGAUGGCAACAGGCAUCAGAAACCCAACGUGACACUUGCCAUCUCCUUGAGGAAAGAUCUAGGAGUCAUUGCUGCGUGCACUGCCCCAACCAACGAAGUACCAACAUAUGUGGAGGACUACACUAGUAGCUCAAAAUCUGCAACUGCUGGCUAGUGGCUAUCACCGAUGCUCCCGGCAUGACAACUAAAAUUUCUUACCAUCAGUGGCUUGGGGGCAAGCCACAUUUCAAGCGGUGGGGAAUGUCAGCAGCAGUCUAGGGGAGACGCUAGACGAGGCAGCCGUCGCGGAAGAGCGGCGAUGUCCCAGCAAGGAGCAGCUCGCAUAUCCGAGCCAAGGGGUUAUGUAAACGAGUGGGCCAUGUGUUGGGUCGUAGGGUGAAGGGUAUUUGAGUCUGUAUUCUGUAUGAACUGGUGAUCAAAGAAAUAGAAUACCAGAAAAGCCUUCGUGCUC